UGGCAAAACAGAAAACAAAAUGUGGUCUGACAGUCCGCAAACGGGGGUCGUUUUGAACCCCCUUACUGAAAGUUUUUUUGAAAACAUUGCCGCAAAUAGGGGUAGGUGCACGUCCCUCCGCCUUUUUAAAGCCAAACAUUCGGGCCACAUUCAAUUCUUUCUUUCCUGACUGACCUCGAGGCACUGUUUUCGAGUGUAGGCCGGUGCAUGUACCUUUCCCCAAAUGGGAUGUUAUGCGCAUGUGAAAACCGUCGGAGACUGCAGCAUCUCGCCUCCACGUCGAGUCCACGGUUUAGGCGGUGGUCCAUUACGUUACGUGGAGAGCGCUUUUGUUCUGUCCGUUUCCAACCUCCCGACUUCUAUUCGAUGCCAUCUCCGUUACGUGUUGUCGUUGACGCCAUCGUCUAAGCCGUGUUUCGCCCCUAACACCUCGUCCACCUUUCUUCAGCCACGCUCCAUUUUUUCUCCCAUGGAAACGCCGGAUGAGAAUGUGGGACUGUCCUGUAUAGUGGACUGGGGGUACUUGGAGUCCCAGUAUGGGACUCCCCAUGCCGACCAUGCCCAACAAACCGGUGCUUUGCGAGGACAGCCAGGGUUUGCCCCUCCUCCGAAUGCCACUGAGCAUGCAUUCUGUAUGGAGGAAACCGUGGCCGGUGUCACAGACGUGUUGGGCACUCAGGUCCCCAAUUCCCAGUUUUUCGGGAGUAGGGGCCCGGGAAGGGGCUCCCCUUGUCGUGACGUCGAUGCCACACUGCUGCUUCCGCUGUCCUCUCCACGAACUCCCGUUGCGGGGCUAAGUUAUGGGGUGACUGUACGAGAUGAGAAUUACCUGAGGCAGCAGUUUUGGAUGCGUGCCAUAGCCAUGGCGAAGGGGCAGUCACGAAAUCCGUUUGUUGUGGCUGGUAGCCGGGUUCCCCAUUUGUCCCCUUCUCAUUCCGAGGCGUUGCGCACUGUCACUCCGGCAACGUCGCCUUUGGCGGUCGGUGACUGCAGCAAUGGGCCUCGCAGAUCGUUAGACGGGGGGAGUGCGGGUUUCAUUGAUGGUGGACUUGGCAAUCCGGACGUGCCCAUCCGUGCACACGUCUCCCCACAAGCACUGCCAAGUCGUGAUGCCAAUGCCCAUGCGGCGAACGACGGUCCAUCCUACGUCCCGGCGACAGAUGUUGGGGGUUACGGAUCAUCCGCGGGAGGGCGUCCGCAACGUGGACGUGUCAGACUGCCUGACCCGCCGAAGAACUUGGAUAGGUGGGGGGAGGAGGAGACGACGGUGCUUUGCCAAACACGCAACGAGACGAAGGCACUUCUCGGUGAGGAGACGGAGGGGAUGGGAAGGGCUCGCGCAAAGGCAGGGUUUUGGAAGAAUGUUGAAGAUCGCAUGUGGGAGAGAGGAUACAAUCGUGAUCAUUAUCAGUGCAAGGGGAAAUUUAGUCAAGUGAUGGACUUCUAUCGUCCGCUGACGAUACAUGAAGGGUGGUCGGGCUUACCGAGUUACUGGGAUAUGAACCAGACGAAGAGAAAGAGGUACAAUGAGGAGGGCGAUGAGUGGGACAAGAAUGAUGCCAAGUUCAAAGUGCUGACUCAGCAGAUUGUCGGGAGCAUCACAACAAGACCUGCAGGCAAAGAAGUCACGGGAGGGGCAAGUGUGAACCCAGUGAGGGCACCCUCUCUUCUUCCCAAGGACAGAAGUACCAAGGUGGACUCAGGAAUUCAAGAUGCAAAGGAGGUGGUGGAAGGUACCAUGAAUAUCAUACAACUGAAGGAAAUGUUCUUGCUUCAAAACGGAUCUGGAGAUGAAAAAGGAGAGCCAUGGGAUGUAAAGCGGUUAGCAGAGCGGUACAAAGUGGAUGCAGAGGCCCUGGAGAAUGUGAUCUGGAACAUGUCUUUGCCAACUGUGCCGACGACAACAGUCGAUGAUGGAGACAGAGUGUCCGUCUGGAGGGAGCCAAACUGACCUGUCCUGUCAAACAAAACGUUGUUUGUUUG